GAGCCGGGGCCGGAGGAGGGGGCUCCGGAGCCCGGCGUGCUCCAGCCGAGGCUCCUGCCGUGGGAGAGCAGCGCGCGGAGGCCGCGGAAGGACAGGAGCGUGGGAACGAAUGGCGGCUCGCCCUCUCCCUCCGUUUUCCCCGUGCCCCUGCAGUGCCCCCGCAGGGAUGUGUUUCGGGGCUGCCGGCAGCAGUGGCGAGCUCGUCAGGAAGCAGGGCCAGCUGUUCCUCGGGGACUUAGGGAGAGGCGCCCGAGUCCGGCUCCGGCAGCAGGAGCUAAUGAGGCAGAUGGCAGGAGCGAGCCUCUUACUAGCGAACGUGGAUUAGAAAGGAUAUGUCCUUACUGCUUCCAGUUCCUGGUUCCUGACAGCUACCGGGUGCGCCUCAAACCAAAGAUGAAAGUGACUCCACAGAUACAGAAAGUUCUAAAACGAGAGGCAAAGAAUCAUAAGCUUAACAUGAAACAGACAAAGCUUUUGAGAAAGUACAGGGAGUCAAGAAGCAUUCUGCUGGUUACUUGCAAAUCUUGCAACAAAACAAUAAGACAUUAUGGUAAAAGCAGGGAUUUUCUGGCAACCAAAACAAAAAAUUGUGGCACUCCAGGUAUCAAAUCUAACCUGAAGACACCAGAUACAAAAAUUCAGUCUGCAAAGAAAAUGACACCUGUAAGCUGUAGUAGGUUGGGAUCUAAAGGGAACACUCCCUCAUCACUUUCCAGGACACAUGAAUCUGGACAGGCAGCAACCAACUCUGCUUCGAAGACUCCCCGCAACUCCAAAUUUCACUUUUCUAAGCUAAAACGGAUGCUUGACCUAGAAGAAAAAGAGAAAAGCCGGAAGUCGGAUUUCAAAGCCUUCUUGACUUUACUUUAGUUAUAUAUUAUUUCAAAGUAAUAAAGAUUACAGCAAUAAACGUUGCUCCAGUUUUAGUAAA